AUUUGAAUUGCAUUGCGAGCAAUGGCGGACAAGGGAGCUGUGAGACACGUUGGGAGCCUCCCAAGGGCUCUGCUGUUCAACAUAGCCAGUCUGCUGGAGAGCCCUGACAUUCAGGGUCACUCUGAUCUGAAGAGCUUCAUGCAAGUCUGCAAAGAAUGGUGCCUGAUUGGAAGAGAGGCUGCUAAGCACCUGGUACUCAGGUGUCAGCACCGUGGGAACAACAUUGAGGGGCUGAGCACGGCGCUGCACAUUUUCCGCAAUCCUGACAGGAAGCUCAACGUGGUCUUUUGUCGCCGCGUCAGCAUGGACGAGGUUGCAAGGGUCGUGGCUUCCAGUGGUCUCAAACAUCUGGAGCUCCGGUUCCCUCCAAUGUACUCUCGAACUGCGCUACCUCUCCCUGCAGCCUUUGCACAAAUGAACGAGCUAGAAAGCUUUGUUCUUCAUCCAAGCCAGGGGAUACGUUUUCUGCCCUUUGAGGUGAAGUCGCUCCCUCCGGAGGUUGUCAGAAGCUGGGUCAAUAUUCGGACCGUCAGCAUAAAUGGUCUCGGCAGUGUGGACCUGUCCGGGAUCGGGCGAUGGGAACUGCUGGAAGAGCUGACCCUGAGGGAUGCGAAGAUUGAGGCUCUUCCCGAGGAGGUCGGCGCGUGGAGAAAGCUGCGAAAGCUGUGCCUCGCAGGAUGCUCAAACUUGACCGCGUUGCCUGGAGCCGUCCAGAGUUGGGCCAUGUUGACAGAAGUCGACUUCCAGGAUUGCACCGCGCUCGCCGAUCUUCCAGCUGGGGUGGCUGCUUGGUUAAACCUCUGCAAAGUCUCGUUUGAGAAUUGUUACCGUCUGGCGGCCUUGCCCGAGGCAACGUCAGCAUGGAGGUCUGUGGAGGUGGCGUCUUUCAAGGGUUGUUAUCAUCUGGUCAGUUUGUCUGCAUUGGGAGGGUGGUGCGACCUAACAAGUCUCGACUUGGAAGGUGUCCCUUGUGGGGACCUUCCAAAUGGAGCUCAAACGUGGCGGAGGCUUGCGGACCUAAGGGUUGACAAUGUCCAAGAGACCUUGCCCGAAUUUGUAGGAAAUUGGGGGUGUCUGAGGCGCAUUAAGCUGGCACUCUAUGGUGCGGCUGCAACGCUGCCGGAGGCCAUCGGGGGGUGGGAGAACCUAACGACUUUGACGUUGAGUGGGGAGCUAGAAACCUUGCCCGAUAGAGUGGCCGGCUGGACUCGGCUUCAAAUGGUUGACCUCAGCGGUUGUAACACACUGAGAUAUCUUCCAGAGGAAGUUGAGAACUGGACCUCGCUUGAGAGGAUCACGCUGCACGGUUCGGACAACCCUCGGUUGCUAAAUAGCGGGGUUCGCGGGUGGACAAGCUUAAAGGCCCUCUCGUUUGGGGAGAACUCUUUGACCUGGCACGAUUGCAACCCCAUACCAAUCCACCUGUUCGAUGGAAAGAGUCCGGACUUGCUUCCUCGAAUUGAACUUCCAUUUGAAGUUGGAGCGUGGGCAAGGCUAGAAACCCUUGUACUCGGACGAGUAAUGUCCUUACCAGAGGCCGUGGAGGAGUGGAGAGCUUUACGAACCCUUUACAUCCACGAGUACGAGAGUGAGCAGCUUCCCGAGGGCAUUGGUUCGUGGUCAAAGCUCACGUCCCUUCAAAUGGCGAGCUCCCACCUACAACGGUUUCCCAGCAGCGUCGGGGCUUGGGAGGCGCUCAAAACUCUGGAUUUGCGCGGCUGUGCGCAGCUGACGGGUUUUCCUGUGGAAGCAAAAGGGUGGAGGUCUUUGAGAGUGCUUAAGCUAGCAGGCUGCAUAGAGUUCUUGGCUUUGCCUGAGGGUGUCGGGAGUUGGGAGAACCUCGAGGAGCUUGACUUGGGCGAGUGUAUGGAAUCCAUCACUAGUCAUCACGUGUUUGAGCUGUCUCUUGAGGCCUGUGCGAUGGUGGCCUCUUUACCGCACGCACAGCGAUGUGGGCAAAUCAGUUAA